CAACCGAAAACUGCCUCCGGCAGGCGUUCCACACGUUAGUCUGUUCAACGGAACCAACCAACCGGUAUUGAUUAAACCCAUUUUCGAAGGAUAUUCCAAGUUCUUUGUACACAUGAUUGACGGACCCGGCUUUGUGAAAAACACAAUACAACUACACACUGGAUUAUUGAUUGAAAAGCUGACAUGAGGAAUUCUCAAGAGAGGAAAGAGCGAGAUGUACAAUCUGCGCAAGUGUCUGAACAUUUGUUGAUAGCGACACAGCCGCGAACUGGGAAGAAUACAAGACGGUUCACGAAACGUGAAAAACUCCUAGUUGGCGUAAUAGUCUUCCUUGUUUCCUUAUUUGUUCUUAUGGCAAUGGUCUUUGGAUUUCUGUACGCAAAGAAGGCUCGCUCAAACUCGCAGAUUAAAGAGAAAAACACUGCAUCCUACCCAUGCGUAACAAGAGAUUGUGUUUUCACAUCUUCAGACUUGUUUAGUUUCUUAGAUCCCAAUGUCAAUCCUUGUGAGGACUUUUAUAAAUACGCAUGUGGUGGAUGGAUAAAGAAAAAUCCGCUUCCUAAUCAGAAGGAAGAAUGGAAUCAAUUUACCAAACUGGAGGAGGAAAGUAAUCAGUUUGUCAGAGAGAUUCUACAUAGUAAAGAGAAGCAAGCUGAAUAUUCUAGGCUUUCGUCCUUCAAGAAAGGGAUAGCUUACUAUAAGUCGUGUUUGGAUACAAAGGCAAUUAACAAAAGAGGAACCAAGCCUUUGGAGGAUUUGUUAAAGGAAUAUGGAUCUUGGACUUUGACUACAGACGACUGGAAGGAAGAAUCUUGGGACAUGACAAAAUAUCUUGCGUUAAUGAGAAGAAAACUGUCUUUAGGACCCCUGUUUACCGUGUUUGUAGGUGCUGAUCCACGGAACAGUAGCGUCAAUAUCAUCCAAAUAAGACCGUUAGCCCUUUUGGGUCUUUCACGAGGCCGUUUAACUUCUAAUACCACCUAUGGAAUUAAGGGACGAAAGGUUUAUAAGGAAUUUAUUUUGAAUCUAACUAAAGCACUUGGAGCAAAAAAUGAUUCACUCCCAGACAUCCUGAAUAUCAUCGAUUUUGAGAUCAAACUUGCUAAGAUCAUGCCAAGUGCCCCUAAAGCGUAUGAUGACGAAAAUAUGUACAAGAAACUGACUGUUAAAGAGCUGGACCAAUAUGCUGGUAGCAACAGGAUGAAAUGGAAAGUAUUCCUCGAGCAGCUUUUGUUGCCUGUCACUGGCAAACAUGUCUCUGAUGAAGAACUUGUUAUAGUUUACGGAGUAGACUUCUUAAAAAACAUAACUAACCUUCUCGAUGACACACCAAACAGAACCAUUGCUAACUAUAUGAUGUGGCGAUUGGUAGACUCCGUAUACUUACGCCUGGGAGACGAAUUUGAAAAGAUUUUGGAGAACUUUUUCAUAACUUUAGAGGGCUACUGGAUACCUAUCUCGCGAGAUGAGUUGUGCGUUCAACUGAUGAGAGAAAAAUACUUUGCUGCACCUCUCUCCAGAAUAUAUGUGGACAGUCUCUUCAAUGGGAACAGCAAGAAAAUUGCAAAAGAGCUGGCGGAUGAUAUCAAGGAAGCGUUCGAACAGAACAUAUUGGAACUUGAUUGGAUGGACGAAAAAACAAAAUCUCUCGCUAUACAGAAGGCGAAAAUGAUGGUGGAGAACAUUGGCUUUCCAGAUUACAUUGUGGAUGACAAGCUUUUAGAUGAGGAGUACAAGGAUGUCAACUGCAAUCAAACAACCUACUUUGAGAAUGAGUUAUCAUUGGACCAGGCCAUAACAGAAAGAGAUCUUGCUUACUUUGGAAAACCUGUCGACGAGUCUGGGUGGGCUCUAUCACCAAUAUCCAUCAACGCCUACUACGAUAUGUUGGCCAACAAAAUGGUGUUUCCGGCGGCUAUUCUACAAUCCCCAUUUUACAAUAGGAAGUAUCCCAGGGCUGUGUUGUACGGAGGGGUUGGCGCCAUAAUGGGACACGAACUAACUCACGGAUUCGACGUGGACGGGAGGCGGUUUGAUAUGAAAGGAGAUGAACGGAACUGGUGGAGUGAAGAAACUCUUAAAUCGUUCAAAAGAAAAACCGAAUGUCUGAAGGAUCAAUACUCUAAUUUUACAUUCGAUGGAGGCACGAUUGAUGGCGAGAAAACUUUGUCAGAAAACAUAGCCGAUAAUGGAGGAGUCAAACAGGCCUUCAGGGCUUAUCAGAACUGGAUUGCGCGGAACGGCAACGAACCUCAGCUGCCUGGAAUGAACCUCACAAAUGAUCAGGUGUUCUUUAUAAGCUUUGCAAGAAGUUGGUGUUCAGUUUUUUCAAGUAGAGGGGAGGAAUUUGCUUUAUCAAGUGAACACAGCCCAGCCCCUUGGAGGGCAAAGGCAUCAGUGAUGAACUUCUCGGAGUUUGCAAAAGCAUUCAAUUGCCUACCAGGGAGCCCAAUGAACCCAGUCAACAAGUGCUCGGUCUGGUAACGAUAACAAGCCUAGUAUCUAAAUCCGCUGUAAAAUUCAUGUAAUGAAGGGAAUGUGAUUCAAAGUGUCAAAGAGAUGCAGCUUAAUUGGUUCAAACAAACUUUUUUUUUUUCAUAACGAUCAAUCUUUGAGUAGCUCGAGACGAAAUUUGGCUAAUAAGCUACCAUAACGGCAAAGCCUAAGAAAUUAUGAACGAAACUAGCACUGUUAAAUUAAUUGUGUUCGCUGUCUGUGACUGAUAGCAGCGUGGGGCUAGUGUAUGUGGGGAGCUGCUUCCAAGAGGUCAUUAUUUUUAUUGUGGCAUUCCAAGAAAGCAGCUGCAUGUUACUACCUGUGAGAGUUUUUAGAUUUUUACUAGACAUAGGCACUGCCCAAUGGUACAAGGCAUUUGCUUUUUUUCUAUCUAGUGCCGUCAUUUAGCGGUGGUCACACACUUGAAUGAAUGCUGCUCAUAAAGGGGCUAGCUACCUACUAAAUACACUAAAUAUAUUUACACCUUGCUUUUUCAGCGCAGAGAGGUGCUAGGAAAAACUUUUAGGUUUUCAAACACAAGGACCUUGUUGUCCUUGCAGAAAUGAGAAUGUGCAUCUGCGUCGAGAACUCUUUAGUCUAUUUGGUAUUUCUUUGC